AUGAAGCUGUUGCCAGUUUUGCUGCUGACGCUGGGUGUUACCUUCUGCUGGGCUAAACCUGCCCCGCAAGAGGUACCGGAUAUGCCAGUGGAAAUGAACACCGCUGACAAAAUGGAAACCGUUUCGGCCGUAAACGAGGCGGAAGCUACUACAGUCAGUGCGUCAACCACUACCACUAUGCAGUCCAUGUCAUCUCAAGCGGUAACGUCCGUGGGCACCUCCUCGUCUACUACUGCUGCACCCGCAAUGGACGAAGCCGUCACAAGCCAAACCACGGUCGUGGUGGCUGAUUCUAGCCCAGAGUCUUCCACUGCUAGCCAGGUGGUUCCGGAGUCUUCCCCUGCCAGUCAGGUAGCUGCAGAAUCGUCAACCGCCAGUCAAGAUGUGGUGGAAUCGUCCACCAGCAGUCAACCAGCCUCAACACCAUCGACCGCUGCGACCGAACCUGUCAGUGUGCAGACGAGCGAGGAACCUGCCAGUAGCACCGGUACCACCGCUGCUCAAGAAUCUUCCACCAGCGCGGCAGUGGAACCAUCCGAUACCAACACGGAACCGGCGGCUGUCAGUUCAUCCGCUGCUGAAGGUGAGCAGGUGACAGCGGCCACGAACACCGACACCACACAGGCACCAAGCGCCGAAGCAAGUGAUGCCACCAACAUGGUACAGACAUCAGCGAGCGAUGCUACCGUCUCAGCUGCAAGUACUCCUGCUGCCGCUGCUGUAACGACUGCUGAAGUGAGCGAUACCACCACCACUUCUACAUCGACUUCAACAACAACCACCGCAGGUAGCGUUCCUACUACAGAACCGGUGUCUACCACAUCUGCCGCACCAGUAUCAGUCGAGGUUACUACCACCACCACCACCACUACUACUACUACCGCUGCCUCGACGGAGGUCGAUGCGUCCAAUGACUCUUCGUCCGGAUCUACGGAGAGUGCAUAA